AUGGUCAAUGAGAGAGACAUAGAGACAGAUCCAAAUAAGAUUAGAGUCAUCCUUAACAUGUAUGCGUCGAGGACUGAGAGAAAGAUCAGAGGUUUCUUGGGUAGACUUCAGUUCAUCAGUAGAUUUAUCGCCAGAUUGACAGAUAUUUGCGAGCCCAUUUUUCGACUUUUAAGGAAAAGUCAGCCUACUGUUUGGGAUGAUCAGUGUCAGUGUGCAUUCGAGAGGAGCAGAGAGUAUUUGUUGUCACAUUUAGUUCUAGUGCCUCCUACACUAGGUCGUCCCUUACUCCUACACUUGUCAGUCUCAGACAUAGCCUUGGGAUGCAUGUUAGCUCAGCUCGAUGAUUCUGGAAAGGAGCCUGCUUUGAUUGAUCGACUCAUGAGAUGGUUGGUACUCCUAACUGAGUUCGUUAUUCAUUAUGUCACUCAGAAGUCUAUCAGAAGGAGCAUUGUUGCAGAUCACUUAGCCUCAUUACCAGUUUCUGAUGGUAGAGCUAUUGAUGAUGACUUUCCAGAUGAGGAUUUCGCUAUAGUGACUAGUUUGUCUGGUUGGCGCAUGUACUUUGAUGGUAUGGUCAACCAUUCUGGAUAUGGGAUAGGUGUUCUAUUGAUAUCCUCUCAUGGUGACCAUAUUCCUAGAUCUAGACGGAUUGUUGCCAGUUUGUUUAGAGAUGUCCAGAGUGCCAUAUUCAUGGGAACCUUAUUCAAGCCACAGACUAACGGAGCGGUAGAGGCUGCGAAUAAGAAUAUUAAGAAGAUCUCGCGAAGGAUGAUUGAGGCUUCUCGGGAUUGGCCAGAGAAGCUUCUAUUUGCAUUGUGGGCUUAUCGGACUUCUUUUCGCACCUCUACAAGACUUUACUCCUUAGUGUAUGGUAUGGAGGCAGUGCUACUAGUUGAGAUAGAGAUGGGUUCAUUGAGGGUAGCAUUGGAGUAA